AUGUUUUAUCCCUGGAUACAAGGUCUAAUAGCCUGUCUUUUGGUCAAUUAUGCAGCUGCAACUGCAGAAGCAGAAUUCCCGGAUUGCACGAAAGAACCCUUGAAAAGCAUUGCCGUUUGUGAUACUAAUUUAGACACGCUCACGAGAGCCAAGGCUCUAGUGGCUGAAUUUACAUUGGAAGAAAAAAUAGCCAAUGUGGUAUACAACUCCAGCGGUGUUCCUCGACUCGGCUUGCCACAGUAUACGUGGUGGAGUGAAGGUCUCCACGGUGUUGCUCUGUCACCAGGUGUUUCUUUUGCAUCAAGCGGCAAUUUUAGCUGCGCCACUUCAUUUCCCACGCCAAUCACGAUCGGGGCAGCAUUUGAUGACCCCCUGGUCAAGCAAAUAGGCAAUAUCAUUAGCACCGAAGCUCGAGCUUUCAAUAAUGAAGCUCGCGCCGGCUUAGACUACUGGACACCUAAUAUUAAUCCGUUCCGGGAUCCUCGCUGGGGCCGAGGGCAGGAAACCCCAGGAGAAGAUCCUUUUCACAUCCAACAAUAUGUAUACCAGCUUAUUGGAGGUCUUCAGGGUGGUAUAGGUACAACAAAUCCUAAAGUGGCGGCGACGUGCAAACAUUUCGCAGGGUACGAUAUCGAAAACUGGCAUGGCAAUGCACGAUACGGGUAUAAUGCGAUUAUCUCCACACAGGACCUGUCUGAGUAUUACCUGCCUUCUUUUAAGACAUGUGCUCGGGAUGCCAAAGUCGAAGCGAUUAUGUGUAGUUACAAUGCGGUGAAUGGGAUUCCUGCAUGUGCUAAUUCGUACUUAAUGGAAACAAUUCUGCGGCAACAUUGGAAUUGGAGCACCACUCCGGGCCAUUGGAUUACAUCCGACUGUGAUGCUAUUGCAAACAUCUACGAUGACCAUCACUACACAAAUACUGGUGCAGAAGCGGCAGCCGAUGCUCUGAAUGCUGGAACUGAUCUAGAUUGUGGUCCUUUCUGGCUUGAAUAUUUGCCUGCUGCUUUCUCGGAAAAUCAAUUCGACAAUAGGACUCUGGACACUGCACUGACCCGUCUUUAUUCAUCACUAAUUAGGUUAGGCUACUUUGAUCCCUCCACACAUUCACCAUAUCGCACCAUAAGUUGGGCAGACGUAGCGACACCUGAGUCGACGCAACUUGCCCUCACAGCAGCAGUUGAAGGGAUCGUGCUACUUAAGAAUGACGCCAAAAAGACUCUGCCGAUAGCUCGUAACGGACAAACCAUCGCUAUCAUUGGUCCCUACGGUAACGCUACGUCUCAAUUCCUCGCAAGCUAUGAGGGGGUCGCGUGCCAUAUCCCGUCAUUGAUUUCUGCGGCUGAGGCCCUGAGAUAUCACGUUUUGUACGAGCCUGGGACUUCUAUCAACGAUACAAAUACCACUGGCUUUGGCUCCGCAAUCAAUGCUGCAAGGGCUGCUGAUGUCAUUGUCUUUGCGGGUGGGAUUGAUGGAACAAUUGAAGCGGAAGCAAAAGAUCGUGAGACUAUCAGCUGGCCAGGAAACCAGUUGGAUCUCAUCAACCAGCUAUCAAAUGUAGGAAAGCCUCUGGUUGUUGUCCAAUUUGGUGGUGGCCAAGUCGACGAUUCAUCGUUAUUGGCAAAUCCCAGAGUCAACGCACUCUUAUGGGCUGGGUAUCCUGGCCAAGCUGGUGGGCAGGCAGUAUGGGAGAUAAUCACUGGUAUUACCUCUCCGGCAGGCAGGCUUCCCGUCACCCAGUAUCCCGCAAGCUAUGUGGACCAAGUGCCAAUGACGGAUAUGGGUCUAAGACCAAGCCCUAGCAGUCCCGGCCGAACGUACCGUUGGUACGAAAACGCAGUGUUACCCUUUGGGUUUGGGCUUCAUUACACUACGUUCGAUAUUUCCUGGGCAUCUCACAGCCUUGGCCCUUAUAGCACCAACCAUCUAGUUGACGCAACGCAGUCUACGUCCAAUAAUGAACGAGCAGAGUUCGACACCUUCCAUGUCAAUGUGAAGAACACUGGGAAUGUGGUAUCUGACUAUGUUGCAUUACUUUUCUUGAGCACUAGCAAUGCUGGUCCUGCACCAUACCCCAUCAAGACAUUAGUUGGCUACACCAGGGCAGGCAGCAUUAGACCUGGUGAGACACGUCAUAUAGCUAUUCAAGUGCAAGUAGGGUCCGUGGCGCGCACAGAUACUUUGGGAAACCUGGUUCUGUAUCCUGGAUCAUACAGUCUUCAUGUAGACAUUGGGGAAGUGGCCUCUUCAAAGUUGAACUUUACUAUAAAGGGCGAGCCCCUUAUCAUCGACAAGUUCCCGCAGCCACCCGCAUGAAGGAUAAAGUAUAUUUAAAUGGAGCAGGAUAUAUAAGUGAGGUUCAGAUUAGGAUGCAUUUUACAUUCCUCUUCAAACAAGGUUUCAACAUCUC